GAAGUGCUUUUUCAGAACUAUGAAACGCUGCACAUCAGUCGCGGCUUCGGCUGCCGCUAUACCUACAUCUUGCCCUGGAGCUAAGGUUUCUGCCACUUCAACCUCUGCUACCCGAUCAUUCGAGGAGAUACCCGGCCCAAGCACUUUUUCGAGCAUUUUUGGCAAAAAUCGAUCAUUUUUCAGAAGUAAACAAUCAAUCGCACGCUAUUACGAUUGGCUGGUCGACUUGCACAAACAAUAUGGACCAAUUGUCAAAGUGAAUCAGGGAUUUGGAAGAGGUUAUGUAGUCCAUGUGUUUGAUCCAGAGGAUGCCCGUCAUGUAUUUGCUUCUGAUGGCCGGCAACCAUUCAUAGUCCCGCUGCAAGAAACAACUCAAAGAUAUCGCGAAAUGAAGGGAAUGAAUCCAGGAUUAGGGAACUUAAAUGGUGACGAAUGGUACCGAUUACGAUCUUCUAUUCAGCAAGUGAUGAUGAGACCACAAGCUGUACAAAAGUAUUUACCGUAUACUAACGAAGUGGCUGCUGCUUUGAUGGAUCACAUCAAAAAGGAGAUGCAGAACGGAGAUGGUGAGGUGGAUAUGAGAAAAGUUGCUGGGAGAUGGGCACUUGAAUCAGCGGCACUGACAGUUUUUGAAAAACGUCUUGGAGCCCUUGGAAAUCGUACCGAAUGGGCCGAUAUGCUUGUGAAUCUCAAUAAGGCAAUAUUUCAGCUAUCCGCACAGCUCAAAUUUGCUCUCCCCCUCUACAAAUAUUUCACAACACCAAAAUGGAAAAGGAUGGUGGAAUUGGAGGAUCAGUUCUACAAAGAAGCCAAUGCAUUAAUUGACGAAGCCAUUCAUAAACUUCGUGGAAGUGCAGAGCGAGAGGAAGAAAUGAAGUUUGCAAGUCUGCUGAUUAACCGGAAAGAGCUCAACGACAAAGAUGUUGCAGUUAUUCUUCUGUCAAUGUUUUCUGAUGGUUUGAGUACGACCGCUCCUAUGCUGAUCUACAAUCUCUUCAAUAUCGCUUCUAAUCUAGAUGUACAGUAUGAACUUAGACAAGAAGUCAAUAAAGCUGUUGGUCGUACUAAAGAAAUUACACCCACCGUACUCUCCCAGCUACCGUACCUUCGCGCCUGCAUCAAAGAAACAUUUCGACUUUUCCCAAUCGGGACGGAAAUCUCUCGAGUUCCUCAGAAAGAUUUGGUCCUCAGUGGAUUUCGGGUCCCGGCUCGGACGCCUAUUGAUAUAAAUACGAAUGUCCUUAUGAAGUCUUCGUCGCUUUUCGAAGAUCCUCUCUCGUUUCAACCAAAUAGAUGGCUUCGAGAUGGGAGUGCUCGUCAUGAUUUCCAUCCAUUCUCUUUCCUUCCAUUUGGUUUUGGGCCAAGAAUGUGCGCGGGAAGACGUUUCGCUGAGCAAGACUUACUUGUAUCUCUAUGCCGACUCGUUCAAAACUUCAAAAUCUCACAUAAGCAUUCACCUAUAGGGCAAAUUUAUGAAACGUUGUUGCUACCAAAGGGCUGCUGUGAUUUUCAUUUUGAGAAGUUGUAACAUAUUUUAUGUCAAACUCUAUCAAAAUUACCUCUACCUCAUUUUAUCCUCGUUCAUGAAGCAAAUAAAGUCAUACUUUUUUUUCGCUGCCAGAUU